AUGGGGAAGUCAGAUUUUCUCACCCCGAAGGCUAUCGCCAACAGGAUCAAGUCUAAGGGGCUUCAGAAGCUGCGCUGGUAUUGCCAGAUGUGCCAGAAGCAGUGCCGGGACGAGAAUGGCUUUAAGUGUCAUUGUAUGUCUGAAUCUCAUCAGAGACAGCUGUUGCUGGCUUCAGAAAAUCCUCAGCAAUUUAUGGAUUAUUUUUCAGAGGAAUUCCGAAAUGACUUCCUAGAACUUCUCAGGAGACGCUUUGGCACCAAGAGGGUUCACAACAACAUUGUUUACAAUGAGUACAUCAGCCACCGGGAGCACAUCCACAUGAACGCCACGCAGUGGGAGACACUGACGGAUUUCACCAAGUGGCUGGGCAGAGAAGGUUUGUGCAAAGUGGAUGAGACACCAAAAGGCUGGUAUAUUCAGUAUAUAGAUAGGGACCCUGAAACAAUCCGCCGGCAGCUGGAACUAGAGAAAAAGAAGAAGCAGGACCUGGAUGAUGAAGAAAAAACCGCCAAAUUUAUUCAAGAACAAGUGAGAAGAGGUCUGGAAGGGAAAGAGCAGGAAGUCCCUGUUUUUACGGAAUUAAGCAGAGAAAAUGACGAAGAAAAAGUUACAUUUAAUCUGAAUAAAGGAGCCUGUAGUUCAGGAGCAGCAUCUUCCAAAUCAAGUUCUUUGGGACCAAGUGCCCUGAAAACUAUUGGGACCACAGCAUCAGUGAAGCGGAAGGAGUCCUCCCAGAGCUCAGCUCCGUCAAAGGAGAAGAAGAAGAAGUCUGCCCUUGAUGAAAUCAUGGAGAUUGAAGAGGAGAAGAAAAGAACUGCACGGACAGAUUACUGGCUACAGCCUGAAAUCAUAGUGAAAAUUAUAACCAAAAAACUUGGAGAGAAGUAUCAUAAGAAGAAGGGUAUCGUAAAGGAAGUAAUUGACAAAUACACAGCUGUCGUAAAGAUGAUUGACUCUGGAGACAAGCUGAAACUUGACCAGACUCAUUUAGAGACAGUCAUUCCAGCACCAGGAAAAAGAAUCCUUGUUUUAAAUGGAGGCUACAGAGGAAAUGAAGGCACCCUAGAAUCCAUCAAUGAGAAGACUUUUUCUGCUACUAUAGUCAUUGAAACUGGCCCUUUAAAAGGACGCAGAGUUGAAGGAAUUCAAUACGAAGACAUUUCUAAACUUGCCUGA